GACCAUCUUUCAUCCUUGUUCUUUUCCCUUGAUGAAAUCCUAUCUUUUUAUUACAGCCUUGGCCAUAGCCUUUACCGCUUCGUAUGCACAGUCUAAUACGGCUGCUCCAGGUGCGGUACCUACAACUGCCAGUACACCUUGGACCAUUCUAAAUAUUGAUGCCGGUGAGCGUGCCAAUAUUUGCCAGAGACAGAUAUCCUAUUGCUCUACAAUGUGCGGAAGCCCAAGUCAAGCUGCGACAAACUUUUGCAAUGCCACCUCUAUGGCCUGGAACUGUGUGUGCACUAACAGCAAUAAUGGAAGCAAUGCUACCUAUCUGGAUCCUGUUUCGUUUGCUGAGUGCAAUGGCAAAAGCAUCGCUUGUUCAGCCGCAUGCCCAGCUGACGCCCAACGUUCAACCUGUGUGCAGUCUUGUACAAACUUUUAUUCAUGCGGCACAUCCAAGGCACCAGCAAGCUACUUGCAAACUGGUAAUCAAAACGAUACACCUGCAUAUAAUGGUCCCCCGCCACCUGCAUCGUCUUCUGCUUCACCAUCCAGUGCCAUAAACACUGCAACUACCACCAUCAUCAGCAAACAAAGUCUGGCCUACAAAUUUGAUGUCAGGUUUGAAAUGGCUGGGUUCGCCGCUAUCACAGCACUUCUUGCACAUGCGAUGUUGUAAUGAAUAAUAAUGGAUAUUACAACUAUCGGUACCAAACAUUAUUAUGUUGUACAUGGAGGAUACUUACUUUCUUCUUCAACUUCCUAUCUCUUCUCAUUGACACUGCGCCAUUAACUGC